AUGGAGGCACAGCGUGGACAGGCCUUACAGCAGCCUCAGCAACAACAACAGCUUCAGGAACCCCUACAAUUACAUGAAGAGUGGCAGCAACGCCACCAACCCCACGACGGUGCCUCAUCCAGCGCUACAACAACAGGCUCAGCAGCCCCAACAACAGGUUCAAGAACCCCAACGAUAGGCUCCACAGCCCCAACAACAAGCUCAGCAGCCUCAACAGCAGGCUCAGCAGCCCCAACAGCGGGUUCAGCAGCCUCAACCACAGGCUCAGCAGCCCCAACAACAGGUUCAAGAACCCCAACGAUAGGCUCCACAGCCCCAACAACAAGCUCAGCAGCCUCAACAGCAGGCUCAGCAGCCCCAACAGCGGGUUCAGCAGCCUCAACCACAGGCUCAGCAGCCCCAACAACAGGUUCAAGAACCCCAACGAUAGGCUCCACAGCCCCAACAACAAGCUCAGCAGCCUCAACAGCAGGCUCAGCAGCCCCAACAGCUCCACAGCCCCAACAACAAGCUCAGCAGCCUCAACAGCAGGCUCAGCAGCCCCAACAGCGGGUUCAGCAGCCUCAACCACAGGCUCAGCAGCCCCAACAACAGGUUCAAGAACCCCAACGACAGGCUCCACAGCCCCAACAACAAGCUCAGCAGCCUCAACAGCAGGCUCAGCAGCCCCAACAACAGGCUCAGUACCCUCGACAACAGGCUCAGCAGGCCCAGCAACAGGCUCAGUAUCCUCAACAACAGGAUCAGCAUCCCCAACAACAGCGGCAGCAUCCUCAACAGGUUGGAUCACAAUUCCUACAGCCUCGAAGACAUCUUCAGAAUCCCCAGCAGCCUCAGGAACGACUCCAGCAGCCUUCCCAACAGUAUAUUCCAAGACGGUUCUACCCUCAGCGUCACAAUGAUGAUGAAGUCCUGGCGGACAUUCAGGCAACCAUAGAUCGCCUCCAGGCGCAGGCAGCCACAACCCCCUGGAUAUGCUCCGCAGUCUCAUCAGCCUAG